GGAUCACCCACCCACAAAACUGACGCAGAAACUGGCUACGUAGACUUUUUGCAAGAAACAUGAAACAUGGAAGCAAACAACACGCACUUUCAUUCUCUCCAAAGAUUUUUGUAGAACAAACAAUUCCUUUGGCAACUCUCAUCCUCAGAAUAUCCUAGUUGGGCGAUACCUCUUUGAGAAAUCGCAGCCAUGGCGCCUCGUCAAUCUUAUGGAUCGAUCACGGUCAAGCACGAAGAUGAGCAGGAGAUUAAGCAGCUCAUCCAAGGGUCCUCAUCUGUUCCCGUGAAGAGAUCCAAUUCCAAAAAGUACUUUGUAAUUGCAAUUUUGGCCAUUGUGAUCUUUGUUGUGGUGGAGUUCAGUUACCCCAAGAUUGUGGGAAACCGUGGUCAUGCCCGUGAAAAGUGGGUUCCCCAGAAGCACAACAAUAAUAAGAAGGCCAAUGAAGAUGAUGCUAAUUUGAUUCUGAGCGAGCUCUCUCCCGUGGAUCUCGGAUUCCGUUCCAUUCAACGCGAAAAGGAAGCUUCACCGAGUGAAAUCUGGGGCAACCGCUCGGGGCCACUCCCAACCAACAGUUGGUACUUGAACUUGGUCUCUCGAAAGGCCGCAAUCCAACCUGAUGAUUCUACAAGAGUAUACACUGUUCCCUACAUCGUUGACAUGGCGCCACCAGCCGCCAUGGCAGGAAUCCGAGUUCACUGGCCCACCAUCUCGGCGAGCGAUCGCAAUGUUCAAAUGGUGGAUGAUUUCAAAAAUGGUUUGUGCUUGGGUUCCACAGAUGUAUCCAAGAAAUAUCAAGUGGAUCCUAAUGCCACACUAUCCCACCUGGGAGUUAGCCUUCAGUGGACUGGAAGCAGCGACAACAAGAGCAUGAAGACCAGCAUUGUUCGUGGGAUGCCUUUCGUCACUAUGCAGUACGAGGGCGGUGCCUUGCCUAUCUUGUACAGUUACAACGGCCCUGCACAGAGCGACACGGCCAUUCUAGUCGAUGGAAAGCACGGGCUGAAGUGUGGUACAGUGGACUCGCAGGGUGGUACCGUGGAGGGCAACACUGCCUCUGUGGAAAGCGAGAUGCAACUUCAUUUUAUCGGUUCUGACUUUACGUGGGCCGUGUACUUUAGCAAACCGGUCAAGGUGAAGUGCGGCGUCACGGAUGGGGAUGUCUGGAGCAAGGAGUUCCAGCUCUCCGUUGUCGGCUACGACACCAGUGACGACGCGCCUCUCAUUACUCAGGUGGCACUAAUCAACGAGUGCACCACUGGCGCCAGCAACAUUAGAGCACACUGCAGCGGUGAUCAGAGUGCAGGCACCUCUAAGGCCAUCAAAGCGUACGCCCAGCUCAUGAAAGAAAAGGCCUUUCUCUUUCCCACAAGUCCUUCUCUCCAUUUUUCCUACCCAGAGGAUGGAUCUGAGGACAGGAUUGCCAACACAACAAUCGACUGGGCACCUAUCACUUCAUCAUCACAGGAUCAGCUGCUCAUGUUCGCCAUGCCUCAUCAUCAGGAGUACCUCAAUGAAUCCUCUGACGUUAAGAUCACCGAGCAUUGCUUUGACACGUUCCACGGCAGCACAUGUCUCGUUGAAGGAAACGUGUGGACUCUUGGAGAGGACUUGGGGGCUCCCAUGUCGUUCAAUGCGCCUCGGCCACCCGAAGCAAAGACCAUUCCAACUCUAGCCAAGGCACUGGAGGAAGAUUUGCAGUUCCAGAUCCCCGCCAAUCUGCUCGUUGCGGCUGCAGACACGUACUUCUCUGGGAAAAUCUUGGCACGUGUCGGCCGAGUCAUUUCCAUUGCAUGGGAAAUGAACUCCUUGGCAUUGGGCGACGUUGACUCGCUUCAAUAUGACGAAGUCGACGACCAGGCCUUGUCGGAAGCGGCACAUGCUGCCGCCUCGGAAAACUUUCCUUCCGAAGAAGAUAUUGCCACUGCAGUCAAUCAACUGAAGGAGGGAGUGUCGGCCUGGCUCAGCGAGGAUGCUGAGGCGCCCUACGUCUUCGACAAGUCUUGGGGUGGAUUUGUUAACUGUGGUUGUCACUAUGUGGGCAAGGGAGACAGCGGACACUGCAACAAUACCUUCCCAGACUGUCCCGCCUUGGCAGACGUGAACGAAGACUUUGGAAACGGCUGGUACAAUGACCACCAUUACCAUUAUGGCUACCACGUUUAUGCUGCAGCGGUCGUGGCGAAGUACGACCGCGAGUGGGCCGUGGAAUACUUUGACAAGGUGCUGUUGUACAUUCGGGACUUUGCCAACCCUGCCCCUGCUGAAGAAUUCUUUGUCCAGUUUCGCCAGAAGGAUUGGUUUUUGGGCUCUUCUUGGGCCAGUGGUAUUGUUUCCGCUGAGAACUCUCCUCAUGGCAGAAACGAGGAAUCGUCCAGCGAAGCGAUUGCUGCCUACGAAGCUGUUGCCUUGUACGGAGCUGUCAUGGCGGACAUUUUCAGCAGAGAGAGCUCUUCAGCUGACGACGAAAAGUACGAGACAGCCAAACUUGUGAGGGAUGCUGGACAGUUGUUGACAGUGACAGAGUUGCGAGCCACCAACACAUACUGGCAUGUCUGGUCUAGCGAAACGCACAAGAGUACUUACCCGAAGGGGUACAAGCAGCCAGUUGUGGGCAUGCUCUACGAUACCAUGGCAUCCUUCCAAACUUGGUUUGCCCCACAGGCUGUGGUCAGCUAUGGAAUUCAACUCAUGCCGUUGACUCCCGUUGCUGAACGAAGAGAUGAUCCUGACUGGGCCGCUGAGCUUUAUCCGGCGUAUGAGGAAGCGUGCAAGACAGCUGGCGACUUUUGCAUAAACAACGGUUGGUCCAUUCUCCAAGCUGGUCUUUGUGCCGAAGCUGGCGACCACGAGGAUGCGCUCGAACAAGCAUUGGCCAUUCCAACAAAGGUUUUCAUUUCUCAAGGAGGUGACGGGAAUUCCUUGACAAACACCAUUUGGUUUAUUGCAACCCGCAAGCCUUCUAGUGCGUCAAAGGCUAACUAAGCACGUGAACAAGCUACAAUCUUCGGCCAGCUUUUAAAAUUCUUCGUUUGAAUACCGAAAUAGAAAUGAUAAAGAAGACGGAUGCAUGCGGUUGCAUCGCUUCCUCUUCAUGACCCACCAACCGCACUCAUAUUCAGUUGACUGUUUCAUGUUUCGUUCAGUCCUCGCCGCACUCACAUCUGGCCAAUGACUUCGCCACACUCACAUCCCACUGCGUUUCACAAUCAAGAUCAUCAUCUAAAAAUAGAGCAACAAGAGAAAACUAUAAGAUCAUUUGUCACCCCACUUUGUUAAUUGGGGUUCCAUUUCAACAGGAUAUCAGUUUGAAAGCAUGUAGAGGAAGAAAUUGGAUUUUGAAUUUCAACUGCCACGCGAUGUGCCUUCAGCUAUUCCUCCUGGCUAUGUUGUAGUCUUCAACCCAACCCUUCUUUUUGAACAAGAUAGGUGUACUGAAUUAGAAAGGCAACGGGGAUAUUUUGUUCUACGUUACAGCCCUUGUCGUCCAUGACUCUCACAGUUCUGGCUCUUCCUCGUCAUCCAAUGAAAUGUCAUCUAGUCCAGGAUUGUAGGUGUCAACAAGAUGCUUCGGAAUGGGCUG